AAUUUGCAUUGUGUGUGUGUGUGUGAGUGUGUAAAACACUCUGAGACCAAUCGGCUCUCUGCUUUGAAACAGGGGGGGGGAGAAAAAAAAACAGUAGAGAUGCGACGCUUUUGUUUUACUCGGUGAACUAAAUAAAAAUGAGGACAUGGUUUCAUCAGCAAUGGAUUCUGGUUUUCUUGUGUUUAACAGAGAUCUUCAGCUUUAUAGGAGGAUCCACCACUUCAGGUCAGAAGGUGUUUGGCAUUGUAGGCGAGUCUUUUACAUUCAAGACUGGGGUACUUGAAUCUGGCUCUAUUAAUUAUGGAACUGAUAAUAUUGGAAUAGUGUUAAAUAAACUGAGUGCUACAGACCAGGAUGAGAGGUUUAAGAAUCAUCUCCACUGGGACAGUCAGACUGGAUUCUUUACUCUCACUGAUCUGAGAAUAAAUGAUUCAGGGAUUUACACAGUGCAGAGCAUCAAAGGAGAGAUUAGAAAACAAGAGUAUCCGCUGGAGAUUUACGAGAGAGUAUCGGCUCCUCUGGUGAGAAAUACAUCCUUCAGUUCAUCAGAGAAUGAAGUGUGUACGUUAUUGUGCUCAGUAAAGAAUGUGAGGGGACUGAAGCUUUACUGGUAUAAAAACAAUGUCCUGUUCAAUGAAACCAGUAACUCCAGUUCUCUUAUACUGGAUCUUCCUCUGGAAAUAAAGAAGACUGACAACCAUGUUAUCUGUGUGGCUUCCAACCCGGUCAGGAACCGCUCAACCACAGUCGACAUUACAGAGUUCUGCCCUUAUAACAAAGAGAGAACAUAUUCUGAAGGUACAAAACUAAGUGUGUGGAUCAUUCCUGUGUGUGCUGUGCUGUUUACUGUGGUGAUACUAAUAAUGGCUGUGUGUCUCAAGAAAAGGCAGCAAAAUCUCACCAGUCAACGUACAGAAGACUUCUCUGCAACUGAAGGACCCACCGAUGAAGUACAUUAUUCUGAGAUAACUCAUAAAAAACAUUCACAGGCGAAUAUACGAGAAUGUUCUGCAGCUGAGGAAACGCACCAGCUAACAACUAUUUAUGACAAAAUUCGACCACGAGAUUAUGUAAACUCCACUGAUGUUGCAACAGCGUAGACACGAACAGGAAAGUGGAACUUUGUAAAUGUUAAUAGUAACACAAAAACCUAAAACAUUUCAAGAAAAUUGCUUUUUAUUGCACUGUUUUAUAUAAACUGUUCGUCUUUACAUGCAUGAAGACAUCAGUAUAUAACUAAGUUAUUUUAAUACAUUUGUGUUUGUGUGUAUUUAUAAAAUACAAAGUCCUUAAUUUCAAUAAUCCCCGAUAUGAAGUCAGUUAAUUAUUUGAAUAAUUAAAUGUAUCACACCCAGCAACAGCGACUAAUGUUUGAUAUGAUGGAAUUUAUCCAUUUCUUUUGAAGUUUUGCAGUUUAUUGCUGAAGGAAAAAUAUGCAAAUUCUCACUUUGCUUACAGACUAAAAAAUGCUCUAAACCAUUUCAGUUGGUUUUAUUUUCCAAGUUUUUUUUUUUUUUUUCUAAUGUGGUUAAAUGGGCGCUACUACUGUAAACACACCUGUAUGCAAAGUACCAUUUAUAACCAACCCUGAGUGCAGCUGCUCCUUUGUCUAUCUGGUAUCUGAUAUGUGAGAACAGAGGGUUCAAUAAACGGCUGCUGUUAUAGUUCAGUUCCUCUAUAGAGAUGAAAUAGACAGGUGUGUACUGAACAGGUGACACUAAAGAUAUAAAUUAAAUAUGAACGAGGUCUAUUACUGUCCACAUAGUAAUAAUCCGGCACGUCACAUGUUUUCUGCUCAAGACCAACAUUUCCCCACUCUUUUCUAUUUUAUAUUAACAUACGAACGCUUUACAUGAAUGAUUUUAUUAUUUAAUAACGUUAUUUAUAAACU